CAACAAGUUUGCUACAGUAGCUAUCCUCCACCCGUGUUGAAGCGAGGAAUUAUGUUAUAACGUUUAUGAUGUGGCAAACAACACCUGUAAACUGUAUGUCAGUGUCAGUCUGUCGAAUGAGUUAACGGACUCAACUCUAAACUAAAGCGAUUUAACGAGCUAGCUGUAAACAUCUGUUUACUUACUUGGUAACUAGAGCUAGCUAGCAAGCACUGACAACAAGAAGACAAAAUGUGGCAAAGCGUUGGUCUCACUGUGCUGGUAAUUGUGGCCACCCUUGUGUGCGCGUUACUCUUCAUGGUUUUUGGUUGGUAUGUUGUCUGGCAGCUCUUCCUGUCCAAGUUCAAGUUCCUGCGUGAGAUGUUGGGCGACACCGGCUCUCCACAGGCCGAGACCCAACCGUCCGAAUCCAGGAGCGAACGUACSUCUCCUCCACCCCCACGCCAGAGGCCCAAGACUGCCCGCCAGAGGGCUGUUCCUCCUAAUAGUACUACAUAGAUUACCUUACCCAUCCGCUGUCGGCCACACCCUGUCCUGUUGUUCACCAAACCAGCGGUCCCACUAGGAAACAGUGGUGGACAAAAAKCCCUUUAAUAAAUUGCAUGAUUUGGAAUGGCAUACUACUCCCAUGUCCGUGUAUACUGCUGCCUCUCCUGAUGAAAUCCACCCCUCCACUCUGCACUACUAAAGACAUCCUCGRUGACACUUGACACUCUACUUUUCUCUCCUGGACACGUUCUUCUUACUAGACUAGGCACAGCUGCUGAUAUUAUAAAGGGACAAGCCAUCAAAUCAUGGAACAUUCUGUAUACCACUUGUUCAUGUUUCAAAUAUGUAUUUUAGCUGUUCACCGUGUAUGUACUGAGCAGCAUGUCUGGUCUCUUCACCUGGCCUUCACUGACACUGCAACAUGGUCACCUCUAAUUGGCUGACGCUGUAACAUGGUCAGCUCUGACUGGCUGACACUGUAACAUAGUCAGCUCUGACUGGCUGACACUGUAACAUGGUCACCUCUGACUGGCUGACACUGUAACAUGGUCACCUCUAAUUGGCUGACGCUGUGACAUGGUCAGCUCUGAUUYGCUGACGCUGGAACAUGGUCAGCUCUGUGGACUCCCGAGGGGCGCAGCGGUCUAAGGCACUGCAUCUCAGUGUUAGAGGCGUCACUACAGACCCUGGUUCGAUUCCAGGCUGUAU